AUGGAGGGAGGGAAGAAGAGGCUGGCGACGCUGGUGGGGUGCGACUACGCCAACACGGCCAACGAGCUGCAUGGGUGCAUCAAUGACGUGCGGACCAUGCAGGAGCUGCUCAUCCGCCGGUUCGGCUUCCACCCCCAGGACGUCGAAGUCAUCACCGACGCGCCGGGCGCGGCGGUCCUCCCCACCGGCGCAACCAUCCGCGCUGCCCUCUCCCGCAUGGUUGACCGCGCCGCCGCCGGCGACGUCCUCUUUUUCCACUAUAGCGGCCACGGCACCUGGUUCCCCUCCGGAAACCGCCGCGAGGAGGCCAUCGUGCCCUGCGACUUCAACCUCAUCACCGGUGCGACGACCCCAAAGACUAAUCCAUUCACCUCGUUUCUCUUGAUCUUGCCGACAACAGCUGCUGAGUUUUAAGUAUCCAUGGGAGCGAUUGCAGACGUUGACUUCCGCCAGUUGAUCGCCCGCCUCCCGGCGGGGACGAGUUUCACCAUCGUCUCCGACUCCUGCCACAGUGGCGGACUCAUCGACAAGGAGAAAGAGCAGAUAGGGUCGACUUCCGCCCGCAGCAGGGCGAUCCCUUACGAGGCCAUCCUCAGCCAUCUGAGCUCGCUCUCGGGUAUCCAGUCGCCCCACAUCGGAGACCACCUCGCCGGAGUCUUCGGCGACACCGCGAGCCCAAACUUUCUGGGCUUCCACCGGGGCGGCCGAAGGAGACUGCCGGAGGCCGACGACGGGAUCCUCCUGAGCGGCUGCCAGGCGAACGAGACUUCGGCGGACAUCUCCGGCGGAGACGACCCGGCGGCGGCGGCCUACGGCGCGUUCAGCCACGCCAUCCAGACAGUGCUGCGGGAGCACGAGGCGCCGCUCAGCAACCGGGAGCUCGUCGAGAAGACGAGGCUGCUGCUCGCCCAGCAUCACUUCACGCAGCACCCUGGUCUCUACUGCAGCGACGAGAACGCCGCUGCCGCCUUCCUCCGGCAGGAGGAGGAAGAAGAGCCGCCAAGCUCGAAAGGAAGAAUCCUCAACGAUCUGUGA